GUGGAAGAUGUUAUUUACAAAUAGUUGUUGAAAGAGGCCAUCUAAGCACAUUACAAAAUCUGAAUUCAUCAAAAUACAUUACACUCUUCUGAUGCAGUAAUGUCUUCUACUUAUUUUACUGUUAUAUUGAGCCUUGUUUUUGCACUAUUUGUUGAAUGCUUUGCUAAUCCCACUGCAAAACUGAUUCAGGCUCCUCUGUCUGAUCUAGAGGCUAAUGCAGCAGCAGAAUCUGCGAUAAAUGUCUACAAUACGGGGUCGGACAACCCUUUCCAGUUUAAACUGCAGAGACUGACCAGUGCCAGCUACAAGGUGUUACAUGGUGGAGAGAAGAAUUAUGUAUUAAAGUAUGAAAUGAAAGAGACUAUUUGUCCAAAAGGAAGCAAGGCACGCCCACAGUCCUGUUCUUUUCGAACUGAGCCUGACACUAUUCUGGGUGUUUGUGAAGCUGAAGUACUUGCUGAACCAAAUUCCAAAUUUAAAGUGUUUCGGACUCCCCUGUGCAAACUACUUAAGCCUGUUAUUGAAGAAGUGACAGUCCACUCUGUAAAAUGUACAGGAUGUCCAGAAUCUGUCUCUCCUGAUGAUCCUAAAGUGAAAGAAUCUGUGAAACUGGCACUUGAAAAGUACAAUUUGGACAAUGCAGAAAACAGAACAUUUAUUCUCAGUAAAAUUUCUUUUGCAACCAAAGAGGUAACAAUAGGAGAGAAAAUCUGGGUCAGUUUUAAAAUUCAGGAAAGCAGCUGUCCACCAAAAAGCAGACCGGAUUCUCAGGAAUGUCUACCAAAAGAGCUUGGCAUAGCGGUAAUAGGAGAUUGUCAAGCUGAAGUGCUCUUCUUGUUUGCGGGACGUACAGGUCACAUCUACAGGCCUCCUAAAUGUACAUUGGUGCAUCCAGUUAUAGAGAAAGGUGUUGCUAUUACAAAGGUGACAUGCAUUGGUUGCUCCGUACCCCUUCAUGUAAAUGAUACCAGAGUUCAGAAAAGUGUUAAUGAUACCAUUGCCAAGUUCAACAAUAUCAGCCAGUUGGUUCCAUUUGCAAUGGAUCAAGUCAUUUCAGCUACACAUGAGUCCAUAGCUGGUGAAGAAAUCACUGUACAUCUUAAACUGAUUGAGGUCAGUUGUCCUGCAGGUCAUGGAAGUAUCAUGAAAAAAUGUCCACCAAAGGACUCUAGAACAGAUGGGUCUGCUGUUUGCCUUGCUGACCAGAAGUACAAUACAGAUGGAAAUCUAGUGUAUCAUCAUUUUGUCUGCAAUGUGACCAAAAGUGGCCAGGUGAAACCGUUAACUGCUACAGCAGUACACCAUUAUGAAAAAGACGAAGAAAAUUCUUCACCAGCAGAGGGAGGAAAGCCAGAUGGCAGAAAACCAGCAAUUGCUCAUACUCCAGGAAAACCAGCAAAAGAAACAACUUCUACUGAAGCAGGGGGGAAACAUUCUCCUAAAAGACCUGAAGUGGGUCAAAGAGACUCUAUAACUACUAAACCCAAACCUCCCCCCAAGAGUGGAUUGAGUGACUUGGAUCUUCUGGAUUUAUUAUAAAAAUCUGUGGUUGAAAUUUUUUACAUAAGAAAGAAAAAAAAAAGGCUUACAUUUUUACAGUUGUAACAACCUUUAAAUAAAUGUGUCAGAAAACA